GGCCUCUUCUACGUGUCUCGCGCUUUUAAAUAUCGGCCGGGCGGCGACCGGGCCUCUUUAGAUUUCCGAUCGGAGCGGCUGGAGAGAGCGAGAUUUCUCCUAUCCCUUGCGCUCUCCUUCGUUCUCGAUCUCAUUGGUGUCCUUGGGGGCCCUCUUGGUCGGCGGCUAAGAUGGGGUUCCUAUCAUUCGCCGGGAGAGUUCUCUUCGCCUCGUUCUUCAUCCUGACCGCGUAUCAGGAGUUUUCCGAAUUCGGACUUGAUGGUGGUCCAGCAGCUAAGGCUUUAGCUCCCAAAUAUGACCUUUUUGUGAAUCAUGUAUCGUCACAUCUGGGAGUUAAAGUACCAGAAGUUGAUAUUAAACAUAUUGUCAUUUCUACUAUAGUUCUGAGAGGGCUUGGAGGCCUUCUGUUUAUCUUCAGUAGCUCAUUUGGAGCUUAUCUCCUGCUUCUGUAUUUGGCAUUGGUCACACCUAUUUUGUUCGACUUCUAUAACUACAACAUUGAGAAGCCAGAGUUUGUACGACUUUUUGUCAGGUUUACACAGAAUUUGGCUCUCUUUGGCGCCACACUUUUCUUUAUUGGGAUUAAGAACUCCAUGCCAAAGAAACAACCCAAGAAGAAGACUCCCAAAAUGAAGACCACCUGAGAUAAGGCUGGGGGGCUCGUUGAUGCAGUGGGGAAAUCAGGUGGCAGUGAGGUGAUUUUACAUCAACAAGCAGUUGCCGCCUCUCUAAAUCUACGGCAGCCAAGUCAUUCUGUACUUCUAUUUGUGUUCCAAUUUUUGUUUUUUGCCCUCUUGUUGUUUGUGAAGAUGUUUGUGGUCAGAAUCUCUGCAUCUGAGAUGUGAGCGGCAGUUUAGGAUUAUGUUGUAUACUUCAUACCUCAGUUUGAUCUAAAAAGAGCAUAUUUUAUCUUGAGAUAUUCUGCCCAAGGUAUUAGAAGUUGAAAACAUGAAAGGUAUUUCUACAUAGAUUUAUUUGAAGAUUUGAGCCUUCUUUU